GCGAAGAAGGUGGGGAGUUAAUGUUAGCUCUCGGGUUUCGAUUUGCCACUUAUUGUACAGUGCUACUUGCAUGUUUUGAGCUCUCUAUCGCUCUGUAGGUGGCAGUUGUUAACUGACAACGAAGCAAAGGGAAAGACACGUUUCUGAUUUAGGAGAGAAAAGAAAAUAAGGUGUAUGGAGAAAGAGGGGCUGUCUCCACAGAGAGGACAAAAGACCUUCGCCUAAGCUGGUGAAACAGAAUCUGCAUCGUUAGAGGAAGUGGGCGUGAAGGAUAACAUGACCAAUGUUUCCAAGGAUAGAAAUAAUAGGUGGCAGGAAAUUCAAGAAGGAUUACAAUUUAUCCAGUCUCCACUGCCCUACCCUGGAACAGAGAGGGAGUAUGAGGUAUUUCUUCAAGAACUUGUGAAAAAUUUAUAUGAUGAGGGAAAUGAUAAGUUCAGAGAAGGCAAAUGGGCUGAUGCUUUGAAUCAAUAUACUGAGGCCUUAAAUGUGGCUGAUUAUGCAUCUGAAAACGUCAGUAUUGUGAAUGGAGUAAUAGAGAAACUUUAUGCAAAUCGUGCUGCCUGCUAUUUGAAUAUGGGUCUCUAUAAUCAAGUACUAGAAGAUUGUGACAAAGCUUUACAACUGAAUCAAAAUAACUACAGAGCACUCUUUCGAAAAGGAAAAUCCUUGAAAGAAUUAGGAAGGCAUAAAGAAGCCUAUGAUGUAGUUGCAAAGUGUUCACUAGCCGUGCCACAUGAUGACGUUAUAAUAAAAUUAACCCAGGAGUUGGCUCAGAAAUUAGGAUUAAAAAUUCGGAAAGCAUAUGUUCGAGCUCAGCCUCCAGUAAUUGUGCCCAACAAUAGUUCGGAUUCAGUUGAAGAUAUUGAAACAGAUUUCCCAGGAUUAAGUCUUGAAUCUCCAGUUUCUGUAUCUGAUCCUUUGGAUGAAAUUCCUCAAGCUGCAAGUGAAUCAGCACUAGUUGUCUCUAAUUCUACGUCGCCUACUGUACAUCUGUCAGAGAAAAGCAACCUUCCCACUGCUACACUAAUGAAUGGAGGAGGGGUACCUUAUCCAGUGUCUGAGUCAUGCUUAGACUUUACUGAUGGAGACAAAAUAGGAGAAGACCUGGAUGAGCUACUAGAUUCCAUGUCUGCUUUGGAAGAAACUCCAGUGGAACCCGUGAAACUUAAAGGAAGUGUUUCAUCUAGUUUGCCAGCCAGCCUGCCUUCUGGUAUUCCUUGUCCCAGUUCUGUCCUACCACUCCAAGUUACAAGUAGUAAUGUUCCUUCAGUGACUCUCCCAUCAGUCUAUUCAUUAUCUAUGAAUAUGCUGCCAUAUGAUACUUUUGGCUCCAGAAUGGAUUCUUUAGACUCUUUACCUAUUAUGGAAUCUCAGAGAGCAAAACCUUCAGGUAUUGGAAGUGGGGCUGGAGCACGGGGACACAGUAGUACCAUUUCUUAUCUGCCUCGAAAUAGUCCAAGUAGCCUUUUCGUUAAUAACAGCAAUAUAGGAGCUAUAGGUCAAAAUGGAAGUGCCUUUUCAAGAGGAACAGAAAUGGGAACGACUGAAUUAUCCACGCAACCACUUGGUGGAAAUCCACUGUCAGAAACACAUGAAUUUAAGCAGGCCUGUCUGUCUUGUUUCAAAAUAGAUCCUAAAGGAUUGACUUACACCUACACUGGAGAGGGGGAACAUAAGUGUAAGAAGGAUAUUUUAAUUGGUAGAUUGAAGAAUUCCGAUGAUAGGUCUUGGAAGAAGAUACGACCUAGACCAACAAAAAAUCAGUAUGCGGGACCCUAUUACAUAUGUAAAGAUGUUGCUGCAGGAGAAGUGUGUAGGUACCCUGGUCACUGCACAUUUGCAUAUUGUCAAGAGGAAAUAGAUGUAUGGUCCCUAGAACGCAAAGGAGCAUUUAACCGUGAGCUGUUGUUUGAUCCUUUUGGAAGUAUCAGGAAGGUUAACUUAACUGUUGCCAAAAUUCUGCAGGAACACCACGGAAUUUUUAUGUUUCUUUGUGAGAUGUGUUUUGAUAACAAGCCCAGAAUGAUACACAAAAACAACAAGGAUAACCAAGCCUUCUGUUCCAAUCCAGAUGCCAAGCAUUUAUUUAAUAAGAACAAGUGCCUCGUUCACAUUCUUCGAGAGACAACAGUGAAAUAUUCUAAAAUUCGACCUUUCGACAGCACCAAACUACUUGAUCUCUGCCGUCAUGAAGUGCGCUUUGGUUGUAAUAGAGAAGAUGAGUGUUUCUAUGCACACAGUCUAGUAGAACUGAAGGUCUGGAUAAUGCAACUCGACACAAGUAUAACUCAUGAAGCAAUUACUCAGGAAUCAAAAAAGUAUUGGCAGAAUAUGGAAGCCAGUGUCCAAGCAGGGCAGGUACCUGUAGGUGUUUCAAAAUCUAGGAACCUCAAUUUAAAGCUCAUGUUUGUUUGUGGACAAUGCUGGAGGUAUGGACAGGUCAGUGAGCCAGACAAGAACAGAAAAUACUGCAAUGCUAAAGCGAGACAUCCUUGGACCAAAGAGCGACGUGUGCUUCUAGUGAUGUCCAACGAACGUAAGAAAUGGACAAAUAUACGCCCUUUGCCAUCAAAGAAACCAAUUCCACAACAAUUUGAUUUAUGCAUGCAUAUAGCGAAAGGAAAGAAAUGUGGGUACAUUGGGAACUGCUCCUUUGCCACAGUCUUGAGGAAAAAAGACAUGUGGACCUAUAUGAAAGACAAUAACAUCUUAGAUAUGGAACAGCUAUAUGAAAAGUGGCUGAAGAGCCAGGAGCCAGAGAAAGAAGAAGCCACUUCUGUGCCAAAGGAAAAUGGGAAGCAGAUACACAUGCCAACUGACUAUGCUGAUCUUGUGACGGGCUAUCACUGUUGGCUUUGUGGGAAGAACUGUAACAGCGAGAAGCAGUGGCAGCAGCAUAUAACCUCAGAGAAACACAAAGAGAAAGUGUUUAGCUGUGAAGAUGAUCAAAACUGCUGGCAACAUCGCUUUCCAACAGGACAAUUCAGUGUUUGUGAAAUGCAUCAGACUGGUACCUGUGCAGAUGAAGAGAACUGCCAACUUGCCCAUAGUAAAGCAGAAUUGCAAGAAUGGAUGGAUCGAAGAGAAGUUCUAAAACAGAAACUAGCCAAAGCCAGAAAAGAUCAUUUGAUUGCCCCAGAUGAUGACGACUUUGGCAAAUUUGAUUUUUUGAUUAAAGAAUUAAAUUAAUAUAAUAACCACAGAAUGUUCAUAUUUUCAGAAAUGUCUUAGAAAUUGCCAUUCUCUCGAUUGAAACUAAAAGGCAUACUGUAUAGCAGUAAUUCUUUGAAUUAUUCUCCUGCUUUACUACAGUGAUAAUUGCUGUGGUCUUGUGAAAGUGGCAUAUGGUAGAGGCAGGAGCAUGGCAGUAUUCGCUGCCCAGUGGCACAACAUUUUAUAGCCAAUGACACAAUGUUUGAUGAAAGUCGCUGCCUUACUUCAAGGUGACGUGCAGCUUAACAAAAAAAUCGUGGGCUAUGUUAAAAUGGAACAAAUUUUUAUGAUAUUCUUUAUAAUAUCAUGGGAAUAGAUUUCAAAUCUCCUGGAGAUGGGAAAACUUAAGAUUUGUAUGAAAAUGUCUCAAAGAUAUUUGUUGUAAACAUUUUGAGUUUACAAAAUAGUAAGAGCAGAGGAAUUGGGAUCAAUAAUGUGGCAAACCAAUUUUGAUAGAUUGUAAUGGUUCGGAGAUGCAAAGUUAUCAUCAUUGAAUGUGUUAAAACAAUAGGGUACUAUUUAUGAUAACUCUUUUUCUUCUAAGUAAUAGUUUUUAAAUAAAAUCAUUCAUCAGUAUACAGGAUGAAUGGAUUUACAUUUUACCAGUGUCCUUCAUUGGCAAUAGGGAAGCAGGUGUUAAAGAACAGCAUAAAAUAAUUUGGUUACAAGAUAAAGAAUACUACUGUAUGUUUUGGUUAUAUAUAUUGCUUGCUAUUUAAAUGUUGAUUUCAUUUAAAAUCACAUGAAUUGCCAAUUGGCAAAAAAUUAUAUGGACCAAUAAUGUCAUUAAUAAAG